CUUUAUCGAUUAAUCAUGUCUGAAUUCAUUGUUGAAACUACUACUACUAAAGGCUACAAGCUUAAGCUCCAAACCGGUCUCUUUAUCAACAACGAAUUCGUUAAGGGUUCUGAUACUAUCGAAACUGUCAACCCUUCCACUGGUAAGGUAAUUGCCAAGGUCCAAGCAGCUGAUAAGCACGAAGUUGACCUUGCUGUCAGAGCUGCUUCUGAUGCUUUCCACGGUCCUUGGAGCAAGCUUACUGCUCUCCAACGUGCUACUCUUAUGUUCAAGCUCGCUGAUUUGAUUGACCGCGAUAAUGAAGAACUCUCUCAAAUCGAAACUCUUGAUAACGGUAAAGGUAUUACUUUCUCUCGUCUCUUUGAUGUCAAGCAAAUCUCCCACUCUCUUCGUUACUUUGCCGGUUAUGCCGAUAAGGUCCACGGUAAGGUCAUUGACACUGAAGGUGCUCUCUCUUAUACUCGUCAUGAACCUAUUGGUGUCUGUGCUGCCAUUAUUCCUUGGAACUUCCCCUUAAUGAUGUUAGGUUGGAAACUCGGUCCUGCUCUUGCCACUGGUAACACUGUUGUUGUCAAGACUUCUGAACUUACUCCCCUUUCUGCCUACAAGGUUGCUCAACUGGUUGUUGAAGCUGGCUUCCCUCCAGGUGUUAUCAACAUCAUUACUGGUUAUGGUGCUGUCGCUGGUGAUGCCUUGGCUCGCCACAUGAAGGUCUCCAAGAUUUCCUUCACUGGUAGUACUCCUGUCGGUCGUAUGAUCAUGAAGGCUGCUUCUGAAAGUAAUUUGAAGAAGGUCACUCUCGAAUUAGGUGGCAAGUCUCCCAACAUUAUCUUUGACGAUGCUGAUUUGGAUCAAGCUGUCCGUUGGGCUCACAAGGGUAUUUUCUUCAACCACGGACAAACCUGUUGCGCUGGUAGUCGUGUCUAUGUACAGGCUUCUAUUCACGACGAAUUCUUAAGAAAAUUCAAGGAAUACACUGCUCAAACCAAGUUGGGUGAUCCUCAUGAAGACGAUACUUUCCAAGGUCCUCAAGUUUCUCAACUACAAUUCGAUCGUAUCAUGGGUUACAUUGAAAAGGGCAAGGAAGAAGGCGCUACUUGUUACAUGGGUGGUAAACGUUGGGGUGAAGAAGGCUUCUACAUUGAACCCACUGUCUUUACUGAUGUCAAGGAAGACAUGACCAUUGUUCGUGAAGAAAUCUUUGGCCCCGUUGUUACUGUCUCCAAGUUUAAUGAUAUAGAUGACGUUGUCCAAAUGGCUUUGGAUACUGAUUAUGGUUUGGCUGCUGCCGUGUUCACCAAGGAUACUGCUCGUGCUAUUGAUGUCUCUAACCGUCUUCAGGCUGGUACUGUUUGGGUUAACUGCUACAAUGAAUUGGAUUACAACACUCCUUUCGGUGGUUUCCGUCAAAGUGGUAUUGGUCGUGAAAAUGGUGAAUAUGCCUUGGAUAACUAUAUUCAAGUCAAGACUGUUAAGAUCAACGUUAGCCGUAAGCCUUAAAAUAUGUAUUCCAAACUGUUUAUUUGUAAGACAAAAAAACACAUGCUGUAUAUAAAUAAUACCUUGAAAUAAAAGAAGCGAUUUUUUUUGUAUAAAAAGA